AUGGGGAGGAGUGAAGAUGCAGAUACUCUGACUUCUGUAACAAGUGAAGAGACCAAAUCAGACAAGUUGGCUCUGGUCCCAGCAACCAAGUAUCGUAAAGCUACUCAAGAGGUCAGGAAUCACCAGAUAGCCAUAGAUGGAGUUGAUGUUGAUGAAUGGGCCAAGUCUGUACCGGAUGAUGGGUCUGUAGAUGAACAAACUGGUUCAUUCAAUAGAAUGAUCCUAUUGAUUUCUUUGAAACCCCACUGUGUCGUGCCAACAAAUGGUCUGUACAAAGUACAUCCUGGACAAGCUUCUGAUCUUGAUUGGUUGGAAUGUAACAUGGCUGGCCUAUUUGAUUUAGAUCCUGCUCAUGUGCCACAACUUAGACCACCAGAUUUUGAAGCUUACAAGUCAGGCAGGCAACCAUCUGUUCUCUUUGUUCCUGAAGCGCCGAUCAACUUUGUCAUUGAGUCUACUCCACUGCAAAACAAACCCAUAGACUUGACUCACAAGUUGUCAUCCUCUGAACCUCGACGCAGCCCACGCUGCAAGACACAUUCUGAGGAUGGAAGGUGGAACUCAAAGGACAAAUCUGCAGGACCAGGCCCACCGCCUUGUGAUCCAAAUGCCCAUGAUUCUGUCCUGACAGUGAAUCCAGUGUAUAAGAACUUGAACUCAGUAAUGAAAUUGCGUAAACGCAACUGGGAACGUCUGCGCAUGGACUUCAAGUGGUUGCCCAAGCUAGAUAUCCAGAGAUUGUUUCCUUGGAAUAUUGCUUAUCUAGCUAGAUCUCCUGUGGAGACCCACCAUGAACACAAAUAUCAUCUCUUGCCGUCAUCCCUAGAGUCUAUUUGUCACAUGUUAGGCACAGUAGGCAUUGCCGAGCAUCCUGGUUGCCACAUGGCCUACAAAUUUCUAUUUCUAGAAACGGACAACUUCUUGUUUCCUUCAGAAAUCUGCUCUGCUAGAUCACCUAUCACACUACACAAACGUCUUGAUCUACCUGAUGGGGAGGAACUCACGCUCCCUACAAUAAUCAGCUCAAUUGAUCUAUCUGAUGGGGAGGAGUUGACAAUUCCUACAAAAAUCAAAUCUAGAGACAAUAGGACCAUUAUUACUGUUGUUUAUUCUAGUGACCAUGAAUCAGAUAUAGAAGACGUUCUGUUAGGUAAUUGUGGCCUCAUUGGACAAACUUUCCUUCUCUCACAAGAUGAAGGUUAUGUUCGAUGUGCUAAGAUUGUUGAGCUUAACUACAAGCACAAUUGCAACAGGGACAUUCAGCCUACACGUAUUCAACUAUGCCUGAACAUUGAUAAAGGUGAAUAUGAGCGUGUCAUGGCUUACCAUGAGAUCCACGUCAGGCAUUGA